GCUAUUUACAAACAAAUACUGAUAGAUGAUGAUUGAAUAGUGAAAAACCUUUGAUAAUUUCAAAAUUUUAGUGAAUUUUAACUUUUAAAUACAUUGAACAUUUCAAUAUGCGAAGAUUCAUAGACCAGUUUGUUCGAUCAUUUUUAAAAGAAGCCUCAAAAGCAAAACCAAAGCCACAGAAUAAGAGUAAAUCCAGUGGUGUUUCAACGCCACAAAAAUCACCAAUAAAAACUGAAAUUUCAUCCACUAACCUGUAUGACGAGUUACAAGAAACUGAUCAUUCAAGACAAUCUUUAGAUUUGAGAAAAACAUACAGAUUACUAAUGGAUCGAUUGGCUAGUCCAAAACUGAAUAUGACGUCAUACACAAAAGCCCUGAGUGACAUAAACAUUUUAGAUUCAAAAGUUAAAGAGAAACCUUUAGAGCCUAAUAAGUUACCCUUUGAGAAUCAAGAACAACUAAAACAUUCAGAAGAAACUUCUGCAGAUUUAUAUGAACGCAAUGUUAAAGAGAUUCUAGAAGAAUCCUCAAUAGGCUGGUCCAAGCAACCAACAAGUAAACUUGCAGCAAUCCCGAUGGUAGAGACUCCAACAAAGUCUAAAAACAUUACUUCGUCAUCAUUUGAAUUUCCAGAGGUUGGAAACAAAUCCAAGAAAAAAGUACAAGUGGACGACAUUUUUGAGCAAAAAUUAAAACCGAUAGUGAAAGAUCAGAAUGGUUUAGAAAAAAAGAACAUUGAUACAUUAGAGAAUGUUGUUCCUGAAAAACCUGGUUUUCCAGCCUCUGUGAAAACAAAAGUUAAAAGUAACGAAAUCAAUUCAAACCAAACCAGUCAAGCUUCUGAGAGAUGCAUGGAACCUGUAGCAAACAACGUUGAUUGUAAGUUGCUCUUUAAAAAUCCAAACAAAAAAUUGUCAACAGAAGAUAAUAACAGUCGCUUAUUUCCAUUGUAUAUGGAUUUAAAUAAUCAUUCAAAGAUUAUUGAAAAACCAAAAAGUGCAUUCAAUGUCAAUGAGAGUAUGACACAAAAUAAGUCCAACACUCAAGUUUCGAAAGGGAAAGCAGUUGAGACUUUGGAGGUUGUAAAAGAUAACAUACAAAAUGAAUCAGUUUUAAAAUUUGUUGAUAAAAAGCAAAACGAAAAUACUUGUGAUGAGUCUACAUGUUGUGCAGUGUGUAGUGAAAAUGUGUUAACUGAUUCUCUAACAAAAGACUUGAACCAGUCUCCAAGGGUUGACACAUCAGUCAAAAUCAUCAAUGAUGCAAUACAGAAUCUUUACAGCAAGUUUGAAAAUAGUUUAUCCAGAAAUAAAUCAACCAAAGAAGUUAAUGAACGAUUUGAGGUGGUUUCCAGUGAAAACUCAAAGAAUGAUAGUAUUGAAACUGGAGAAAAAGAACCACAGACGAUUCCUACUAAUAUUGAAAAGACAGUUUGUGAUGCAGAAGAAUUGUGCAACAAAGAUAAUGUUACAGCAGAAAACGACGUUGAGCCAUUACCAAAAAGUGAUGUAACUGACAAACUCGAGAUGAAUUAUGAUACAUUCUCUAAUGGUCCAUCCAAAGAACUUUUGAAUACAAAAUGUGACAACAGAAACCAGCAAAAUAAUACUCAGGUUAGUUCAAACACAAACAAAAGUGGUAGUGCUGACGGAUCAACUAACUAUUUGUUUAAAAGAAAAGUGUUAAACUCAAAAAAUUCAAAUUCAAGCCUUCACAAAUACAAUGCCGUAAAUAAUAUAAUAAAAAACCAUGGAGGUAAGAUCAAGAAAAAUUCAUUUCGUAAAGUUUGGGGAAACAAACAAAAAUCACUUGUAAGAAAAGUAAAAAGACUGAAGAGAACAAACUUAGAUAAUGUCACAAAUCAUAAGCCUUCAGAUAACACUCUUGAGGAACCAAAUGUACUCUCAAUGUCUGGAAAUAAUUCAAAUAUUUUUAAGCAAAUAAGUAAAACAACGAAAAAAUAUCCAAACGAGGCAAGGAUAAAAUUGGCUACUCCUUCCAAGAUACCAAAGUCACCAAAAAAAGUUAAACUAAACAGAAUCAGCUCUAACAUUUUUCCUGCUGAAAAUGGACAACAUUUUAAUCCCAAACCCACAUUAGAUACUAAAUCAAGUGUGCCUAAAAAGUCAAAAGGGAUAGAUCAAAGCCCUGCAAAAGUCAAAACUGAAUUUGAUCUGACUAAGGUGCGUAAACUUCAUUCUAAAAAAGACUUUUGUAAGCCUCUACAACUUCAGAUGUAUGGCGGAAGAAGAGGAAUUCACAUUCAAUCACUGAACACAACAAAAUCUGCACAUGACACUUUGGCACCUCACAUUGAUGAAGGUUCUACUGAGCCAAAUUUGACUACAAAGAGUCUUAUGACAAUUUGUAAGCUAAACAUAUGUCCAAUAAAUAUACAAGUGAGGAAUAUUUACACAUCGAGAUAUCGAAGUAAGGGGGGACAGCGAUUGCGUAAGAAAUAUACUAAAACCGUAAAUGAAGACAACAUUAAGGGAAAAUCUGAGGAGCUAGUUUGUAACAAUGACAAAACUGCUGAAACUUUGUCAAAGAGUGUUGCGCUGAAAAGCGGUCCAGUUGAAAAGCUAGUAAAAAAUCUGAAUGUCUCAUCAAAAGAAGAACUUAUUCAGAAGGGUUUUGAGAAGGCCAUGGAGUCGAGUGAAGAUUUAAAGCAGGAAACAAAAACCAAAUCUAAAACCAAUAACACUUUGUUAAAAGAUUCCUGCAACUCUUUAAGUGACUUGAAAUCUGCGAUGGGUAGCUCUAAGUUGAUAAACAACAAUUCAAAAGAAUGUUUGAAUGAAGUUUCAAAUAAUUGUAUGGAAAAUGACAUUUCAGAUUUGAAUAUUUUUCCACAACAAUCAGCUGAAAAAAGAAUAGAAAGCCCUGAUGUUAAUUUGAACACAAAUUCAAAAGACUUGCAAGUGUCCCAAGAAAAUGAAGUUUUGAAAGAUUCCCCUAAGUGGAAAUCUAAAGUAGAUAGAUUAGAAAAAUGGAAGAUGGAAGUCAAAAAAGAAGAAAAUGUUGAAUUGGUAGGAAGAUUAACCAAAGUUAGUGAAAAGUACUCUUUAGCUGAUUGCAAUAAAGACAGUAAAGAAGACAAAGAUAUAGCUUUGUGCAAUAAGAGAUGUGAAAAAGAUAUUUUAUCUCAAGAACGACCAAUAAAGAAUUCAGAAACUGAUGCAUUUAACAUUAAAGACCAUGGAAGUGUAAGUUCAAUUAAUAAAUUAUCUGAGAAAAGUGAAAACAAAAUUCCAAUCUUAAUAAAACCAAAUCCCAGUAUUAAAGAAGUUACAAAAGAUCAUCUUAAAGAGGACCAUCUCUCUAAAAGUGAAGAAGCAAAUAUAAAAUCUACACAAGGCCAAGCAAACAAGCUUCUACAAAAUUUUGCUCACAAUGAGCGCAUCAAAAUAGAUGAAAAUAGUAAAAUCGAAAUAAAUGAGAAAGAAGAAAAGGGUAAUCAAAUCAACACAUUUAAAAGUAUUGCAGGAACUAUGGUAAACUCAAAUUCAAAUUUGAGGAGUUUGAAUACAAAACUUAAAGACUUAAAACAUAUGACUGAAAAUUUGAAUUUAAAUGGUAACAAAGACCUUAUUAAAAUGUAUUCAGAAAAUGUACCACCCAAGGAAAGUAAUCACAAAGAUACAUGUUUUUUUACCAAAUCAAACGAUGUUGUGGAAGAGAAUAAAGUCAGUCAUAACUCAGAAAAGGAGGUCAAAUCAAUCAAAAUAGAUGGAAAUUUGAAAAGUGGUAAAAGUAGAACGUAUGGUCCUCUUGAAAGUCCACCUCGUAAUACUUUAAAUAAUGGCUACAAAGAAGUUAAAACCCAUGAUUGUUUGAAUAAGGGUGGAUAUGAAAUAAGUACAUCAGCAGACUGUGUACUUAUUAACAAUAGAGGAAGCAAUCCAAAUAAAAACAAAGAUGUUGAAUCAGCUCCAGUAAAAAGACUGGCCAAGGUCAUUAAAAACAAAAAUAUUGUCUCACCCUUAAGUAGUCCAAAGCUAAUUAACAAACCUUCUAAGGUUGAGAAAGAUAAUCAUGUUAUUAAACUUGUAAAAUCUAUCAUUAAAAAAGAAAACUUAGAAGCUGCAGAGAGGAAACCAAGGGACCCUCUUAAAAAUAAUUUUGAUAAUCUCAAAAAUGUUGCUAGCAAAGCAGAUGAAAAACACAAUUUAAGCUCAAAACUUAAGAGUGUGGAGACAAAAAUAAUAGAUUUAAAGUCAAAGUCUGGGAACUCAAAACCUGAUAGUAGUAAAACAUUAAGAGAAAAAUCUCCUUUAAGUGAUCCAGUCUUAAACAACCCAAAAUCUACUCUAAAAAUUGGCAAGGAGGCUGAAAAAGCUAAUAACAGUCUCAAUAGUCCAAACAAAUACAUCAUAAAUGACAAAAAGAAAGGAAAAUUUGGUACCAAGACAAUUGUGUACGCAAGACCAGAAAGUUACUUAAAACAUUAUAUCCCUGCAAAAAUGAAUAAUACCAGUACUGGUGAAAAAAUACAAUUGAUGACGGCAAAAAGUAAUAAUACCGAUGAAAAGCAUGCCAACAACAAUUCGCUUUCUCUUAAACCCUUAAGUGUUUUGAAAGGUUUUGAAGGAAAAUCUAAUGCGAAGACUAUCCAAAAAGUGUCCACAAAAUUAGUUGACGGAAAUGAGCAACAAAAAAACACUACAGCAAUUAAUAACAAUAAGAGAAGCAUUCCAAGUAAUGUGGACAGGAUUCGUUUAACAAAGAGUAAUGAUUUUCAGGAACUUUUAAACUUUGCUGAUAUUAGGAACGUGUCAAAUAGUAAGCAAGUAAGUUUAAGAAAAGUCGAAACGGAAGAUAAAAAGACGCAAAUGAACCAUUCAAAGUCUUCUUUGGCUAUCAAAAAAAUAAGUAAGGAUAAAACACAAAAUAGGGAAAUCUUGCCCAAAACACCUUCCAUGCAUUCAUCCUUGUCAAAAAAAUCAGUCUUGACUGAUAAAGCUAGCUUAAAUUCAGGUGUUACAUCUUUAACAUCUUUAAAGUGUUCUACCUGCAGUAAAAAUAAUUCAGAACAAAAAACAGGCCUAAUAUUUCCAACGAAAAGCAAAAGGAAACCACCUUCAUUUAUUGUUGAUAAGAGAACAUCAGUGAAUAGAAGCACAAAUGUAAAGAGAGAAUGUAUUAGUUCCACCAAUAUAAAAGAAAGAAGGGAAAAAUUCAACUCACUUCAUGACGGUCUCAUGAAAAGUAAAAGAUUGCUGGAAUCAAUAGGCGAUGGACAAAAUAACGCACCGGUGAUUAUAUCUAAUAAAGGGAACACUACAUACCGAAGACGAUUUACUCCUGAAAGAAAUAUUAUGCCAGCUGUGUUGUCCAUCAAACUAUAUAAUGCUCUGAAGAAACUUAAAAGCAAACCUCAAAAUCCAAACUUGAGCAGAAAAGGAACUGGAGUAAGACAAGAGCCCCACCAAACGUGCACCCGUGAAUCUCAAAUAACUGUAAAAGAAGAAACAGAUUCAUCAUGCAACGAAUCACAUGUACGGAGAAAAAUUAUUAGAAAUUAUGAUACCAUCGGAUAUCAAAAAUCAAAAUCAAACUACAAAAUAACGCACCCAAUAGAAAAAGAAAAGUAUGGUUUUGAUGUUGAUAAGAAUACGAAAAAUAUUUUGGAUAAAUUAUUUGAUCCUAAACUCUACUCUCAAAAUCUUGUAUCCUUAAAAAGUUCAGUUAGAAGGUACAAAAGUGGAAGGGAAUUAGCAGAGCAGCUUCAAAAACAAAAUGAGAAACUACUUAAUACACUGGUACCUCUUGAGGACUUAAAAUCCAAAAAUAAUAUUAAAAAAUAAAACAUAUUGUAAAAUAUAACAUAACAUUUACAAUUUUAUUUGUUAUUAAAUU